AUGAAGUACGUUUUGAUCAUCGGCGGAGUAGUAAGCGGCCUCGGCAAAGGCGUCACCGCCAGCAGCAUCGGCGUCGUGCUUAAGGCCUGCGGCCUUCGCGUCACUUCCAUCAAAAUCGAUCCGUAUUUAAACAUAGACGCUGGCACCAUGUCUCCCUUUGAACAUGGAGAGGUUUUUGUUCUUGAUGACGGCAGAGAGGUUGAUUUGGAUCUGGGAAAUUAUGAGCGUUUCCUUGAUGUCACGCUUACAAAGGAUAACAAUAUCACCACUGGGAAAAUAUACCAGUCUGUUCUUGAGAAGGAGCUGGAUGGAAACGAAGGCCUUGCUGAUGUUUAUGUCAUUGAGCUUGGAGGCACUGUGGGUGAUAUUGAAUCUAUGCCAUUUAUUGAGGCUCUGCGGAAAUUGUCAUUUCAAGUGGGGCCUGACAACUUCUGUCUCAUCCACGUUAGCCUGAUACCAGUGUUGGGUGUAGUGGGAAAAAAACAUCAAACAGUUGGCAUGCAUUAUACCCUCCAACUCUUUUCUUUGUUCAUCUUCAUAACCUCAGUGCUUCAAGCACAACUCAGCUGCUCCCAUCGCACAUCUUCAUCUAUUCAUUGUUACCGUCAAGUUGCACGGUAUCAUCAGUUCACGAGCUACCAGUUCCGUCAAAGGCGUAACUUUCUUGUUACAGCUCCAGCUUCCUCAGGCCAACCGACAGGAAUCAACAUCCCAACAGUGGCACAUCAUCAACAUCAUCACCGCGCCGGCAAAACAGUGACCGCUAUGGAUGUUGUUUAUGAACUCAAGAGGAAGGGAAGGACCCUGUAUGGUUUUGGGGUACCUCCGCCUCUAUUUCUUUUCAAUCACCAUCAGUACCUUCGCCUAUGUUUCUUCUCGACGGCUUCAACGACUCCAUUUGGAGCAUCGUCAUCGGCUUCUUCAAUGCCAUUUGGAGCACCGUCAAUAGCUUCUGUGACUGCGAUAACUUCGGCUAGCUCAUCGACUUUGACACUUUCGGUAAGCUUUCGAUUACUAGUUCAUUUGUUUGCAUAA